UCCUCCACCCCUCUUUUGACUUCCUUCCAGUUCUAAUUUUUACUACUAAACGAUACUGAUUAUCGGUAUCGGAUACCGGCACAUCCCUACUUGGUCUGCUAUUUUGUGACACAAAGUUGAUUGUCACAAAUUGUAUUUUAAAUUUUCUUUCUUGCCACUCAUUUUUUAAAAAUAUUGAUGCUCGAAUAAGGAAAUAUAGAUUACCUGACAUAAUUGUGAAGAUUAUUAGCGAUCAGAAUUUCGGCUCAUGUUGUUUUUCAUUCCAUUUUAUAUUGACAGUUUUGAUAAGAAUUAAUUGGGUGUAUCAUGUCUAGUAUUGCAGUUCCUCGUCAAGUGGCCGAUUUUCAAAGGCUGCUAGAUGUAUCUCUUGCUGACUUUUUACAAGAGUCUCUGUCUCUUGGACCAUCAGUUUGCAAAAUGGUUGAUAUGGUGAAACAAGCAUUUCAAAUUCAGCUACAAUUUAUUCAGACAGGCCUUUGCAUGGCUCAACCUAGUGAUGCUUCCUUUGGUCAGAUGGUUGCUCCUUUAUCCUCAAUUAUCCAAGAAAUACAGAAAUAUCGAGAAGAUAAUCGAAAAGAUCAGUCUGUUUUUAACCAUUUGUCUACCAUCAGUGAAUCUAUUGUUGCUCUUAGCUGGAUUAGUGUUAAACCAGCUCCUACGCAGUUUGUUCGUGAUAUGAAAGACUCAGGAGAAUAUUUUGGAAAUAGAGUAUUAACAAGUCACAAAGGGACUGAAAAUCACGUGAAUUGGAUAAACAAAUGGCGGGUAGUAUUAAAGGAACUUGAAGAGUAUGUUAAGGAACAUCACCGUACCGGAUUUUCAUGGGGUGCUUGUGGGAAGUCUGGAGGCAUGAAUACUGCUUUACCCCCUCCUCCUCCACCACCCCCUGGACCUUUGUUUACCGGUGGUGGCGACCAAAGUGAUGCAGACAAUGAGCGCUUGGCUCUUAUGCAAGACAUUCGUAAAGGUGUAGACAUAGUGAAAAUGUUGAAAAAAGUAGAUAAAACUGCUCCUCGCCGAGAGGUUCCUGUUGCAGGAAGUGGUCAGCAUGCUCAUCAAAAGAAAGCGCCAUCUGCUCCUGCUGUUAGUGCACCACAGCCAGUCUUUCAAUUGGAUGGGAAAAGAUGGCGUGUGGAACAUCAUAAAAAUAAUUACUCAUUGGUGAUCAGUGAUCAAGAUAUGGCCAAUUCCCUUGCUAUGUUCAAAAAUGUGGAGUGCGGAUGUGAAAUAAAAAAUAAAAUGAAUGCAAUCACUAUUGAUCAAUGCAAGAAACUCACCGUAGUUUUAAGUGACAUCAUUUCUUCUGUGGAUGUUAUUCACUGUCAAAGUGUGAAGUUGGUGUGUAAUGGAAAGGUUCCUAUCAUCUCUUUAGACAGUUGCGAUAGUAUUCAAAUAUUUGUUUCUGCACCUGCUCGUGAUGUGCAAGUUAUAUCAUCAAAAUCAUCUUCUUGCAACAUGUGCUUAUUGGAAUCUGAUGGCGAUUAUAUUGAACUCCCAGUGCCUGAACAGAUUGAAACAUCAAUCCAAGGUAAAAAAUUGGUCUCUAAAAUUGUUGACAAGGUUUAGAAGUUCUUCUCAAAGUUUUCCAUUCCUGCAGCAUUAUAACUGCCAAAUAACUGCAGGCCUAGACCUCAAUAAACAAUUUGUAAUUUCUCAAAGAUUCAAUUACCCCAGACCUCCGAGUGAUUUUUAAAAAAUGAUUCAUGCAUUUUUUUGUAGUACGUUAAAAUUGAUUUGUUUUUGAUUUAAAUUUGCUACUGAACUUUAUAUCUUUUGGUGAAUUCGUUUUGAUUUCAAUAUUUUGUGUUCUUGUCAUUUAUAGACUUUUUUGUAUGCUUUUAAUUAUAAUAAAAUUUGAUCUUCAUUUCA